AACGGAGCCAGAAGGGAAGUAAGUAUACCAUCUUAAAUUCAUGAUUGUCAAAAUUUGAUUCUGUGUAAAUGAUUUCUCCUCUGAGAUGGGCGAAGAGGAAAGAAAGGGAGAAGGGGUCAUGAAAUUUAUUUCAGUUUUUGCAAGUAUUAUUAUUCCGUCUUCAUCCGCCUGGUCGUCUGUCCGGCUGGUGUCGUCUCUUCGGCAAUCACGGAGUCGACUUCUCUCUCGAAUCCCGAUGCUUCCGGAUCUGAUUACAGUCCCCUGAUACCUCUCGCCUCGGGGCCCCGCUCCGACGGAGUUGGGCUGCGUCCGACCGUUCCGACUCAGUGGUCUAAACGUGAGACCGUCUCAAGCUUCAUCGUCGGGCAAUCCGUCAUCGCGCUGCUCUUAUGAUAGAUAUGGACAUAAUCCAUGGAUGUCGUACUGAUAUCACAGUAUUAAACGGUGACUUUGGGGCUCAAUCACCCGCAGGGCUGCAGCUUCAACGCGGGAAAUAACAGAGGUUUUUAAAAAUAGUGAGUGAUAUAACAAUCUAAAGCAUGAGCGUGUAUUACGCGGACUACCACCACCAAACAGUGGGAAUGAAUAGUCGAGCGACCGGCGAAAGCUGGAUCGCCAACGCCGCGGUGAGCCGAGCUCCCGUCGAUGCUUCGCCCAUCCUUACCCCGCUCAAUGAACUCACCACAUCAUCGGGCCACCAUCAAAAUUCACAACACUUUCCUCAAAGCAACCUCGACAGUACUUUUCCAUUUUUCAUGCCUCAUCAGUUUUACCCUCACCACACCUCGGACUCCUACCCACCCCAAUCUGGGAAGUCAUACAGCUCCUGCAGUCUCGGCUCGUCCUCGGCAUCAUCGAGCGUUCAACACCCCGUCGUCACCCCGUACUCGUCAACGCUCUUCGAUCCGUGCAAACAAAACGAUCUCGGAUCCUCAUACCUCGCUUUCAAGGCAACAGACUUUCAAAAGCAAGACCUAGAUGCUUCUGCAGACAGGGAGAUUCGAGAUAUAUCAGCAGUUAGAUGUAGUAAGGAACAAGAUGGAGAGAAGAUGGCUUUCUACCCUUGGAUGAAAAGUAUCAGUCCAACUUCCGAUGGCAAAAGAGGGCGGCAAACAUACACUCGACAGCAAACAUUGGAGUUGGAAAAGGAGUUCCACUUCAGCCGCUACGUGACAAGACGUCGUCGCUUCGAGAUCGCCCAGAGUCUCGGGCUCAGCGAAAGACAGAUCAAGAUCUGGUUCCAGAACCGGAGAAUGAAAUGGAAGAGGGAACAUGGUUCAAACUGUAGUAUGACAAACCAGCAGGAUCAAAUGCCCAGUAUGGCUGAUUUCAUUGGGUCGUAGACUGCGAUCAUGUCAAAUUUUAAAAACUGAAAACGAACAUUAUUACGUUAAUGCUUUUCCAUAAAAUUCGGAUUGUUAGUUAUGAACCAAUUAAAAUAUAUAUAUGAAAAUGAAAUAGUUUGGUCAGUUGGAUAAUCUAAAUUGUCAUUGUAAAACCAUUAACUUGACAACUUUGGAAAAUAUGCAUUCACUACCAGGAUGUGCACGAUAUCAACAUCAUCUACCUGGUAAUACAAUACAUCCUAAACCAAAUCCACUUCAUCAGUUCCAAAGAUAUUAGAUAUAGUAUUCAUUACAAACGUCAGAUGGUCUUUCCCUCAACAUGCUCCAAGGAAGUGGUUUUGUACAAAGCGUAUUAUAUGCUGUAUGUUUAACGAGAAGUAGAAUUUUUACCUUUUAUUAAGCAUUUCUUCAACGAAGUUACCAAAGAAACAAAACCACUAAACAGAUGUUUAUUUAUCGUUCCAUAUCUGCCGUUACCAAAUAAUACUGCAUAAGCUUCAAAGCUGAGAUACUUGAAUCAUGUACAGUAUGCAUGAUGUAGACUUUUAUUUAUUGAAUAGAAAGCAUAAUGUGAGAUUCUUUACAUUACGUGUAAGUUUAUUAUGAUUUUCAUAAAAAAAUGAAAAUGUAAGUAUAAUAUAAGUAAUGUAAAAUAUGACCAUGGUUAAAUUACCAUGAAAACGUAGCAUUUUGUAAGUCCAAAACAUUUGAUAUUUUUGUGUUAUCUCUUUGGGUAUAAAUUGUAACUGAUGUUGGUCAACGAAUGCUUUGGGAUGGUUGAUGGCCAAAUUUGGAUAUUCUUUUUAGUAUAGGAGAUAUAAAUCUCUAUAAAUUUCAAAGUAGUAUUUUAGAGGUAUUUCCAACUCUCAACUAGCCUUUAGAAUACUUGAUUAUCCUUUUUUUAUUAUUAAAUGCUUGUAUUGACCUAGAUGACAUGA